UCUACCGCCACCACCCUCUCCUCCUCCUCCACCCCAUUCCCUCCCUACCUCCUCGAUCCCCUCUCUUUCUCUCUGAAUCAUCUCUCAUCUUCCAUUGACUCUUCAGACAAGGCAAAAUGGCUUCUUGGAGUAGCCUUACGCAAAUGUUUGAACAGCCAAUGCUCGACAGACCAACGCUAAUGGGGUCCCUUUCAUGGAACCAGAUUAGGCAUGUGGAACCGAGCACGGCCUCCUUCGAGAUGUUUGGCGAAAUCCAAUUCAGAGAGAAGCCUCCAUCGUCUACCAAAUCACCCUUCCCCUUGCCUCUUCCUGCAACACUGUCCUUCCCAUUGGAUCACCAAAGCCUGCAAAGCUAUGCCCAGGAAAUUGAUGGGGAAGAAGGUGGUGAUGGCAACAUGGCCAACAACCCAUGCAAUGGUGAUCCAAACUCCAAUGGUGGUUUCUCUCCGAAGAAUGAGGGGCUUGGCAUUGAGAGCUUUGAUGAUGUCAAGGAUUUGACCAUGGAGUCUGGCAAACAUUUGAACAAUCAAAGGAAGGAGGAGAAUGAUAAUGGUCAAAAUGGAUAUAUGAGGAGUACUUUGCAUGUAAGAUCAGGGAGCAAAGAAAAAUUCCCGCCGCCAAUAACUACUAUAGGGAGGGGAGGAGGAAGGCCCUGGAUAUACUUUAAAUCUUACAGGAAAGAAGGAAGGUUUGUUCUCAAAGAGAUUAGAAUCCCAAUGCAGCAGUGCUUGCAAGCCACCCGGGAAAAUGGGCGGCUUGUGCUGCAGUUAGUUCAUCCAGAUGAAGGCAUUGGUCAAGAAAAUGAUGAAGCCUCUGAUGAGGAAGAGCAAGGAUCGUAGCAAGGUGAAGAAGAUAAAGGAGAAGAAACAGAUACUGGAGAUGUCAUAGGAUUAGUAACAAGCUUGACAGCAUGAUACUGAUUGGUUCAAAACCAUAUGACAUGGAUUUCUUGAUCCAGUUUUGUUUUAUCAUUUCACAAGAAGUGUAGUUUUCUUCUUCUUCUUCUUCUUCUUGCUUUUGGCUUAGGAAGUAUCUCCUUUGUUCGUGUCCUAGGCUUCCAGUGCUGAAAUCUGAGACAAGGUGUAUUUUUACAAACUUUUCUGCUAUUCCUGAACUUUCAUGCUCAUUGAUGCAAGUUUCUUUAAUAAACUGAGAUAAGUUUGCUGCUUGAA